AGUUGGACCCAAAAUGGCGGCUGUCAUGACAAGAUUUUCGCAGGCUGUCACCUCUACCGUUGUCCGAUCCUUGUGUCACGAUCAUAUACUGCUUCGAUCGGGAACAGCGUAUCUGCCAGCUUUUGUCCAACACAGGACUGUAUAUGAGUACACAUUGGACAAACCAGAAGGCGCGAAGGAAUUUGUAUACACGCUGCGGAAGAUGGAGCGACAGACGCUGCUUCUAGAGUUGCAGAAGUUUGAAUCACAAGAGGGCCAAGGGAAUCCAUCUAUUAGACCAACAUCCAGACAGUUAUGGCUUGUUGCCACACACAAUAUCUUGCCGUUCAUAGGCUUUGGCUUUCUGGACAAUGCUGUUAUGUUAGUUGCAGGUGAUUAUAUAGAUGUGACAAUAGGAACCGCUUUAGGCAUCUCAACAUUAGCUGCUGCUGGAUUGGGCAACUUGUUAUCAGACCUAUUUGGACUGGGAGCAGCGAGCUAUGUUGAAGUGCUUGCAUUAAAAGUGGGGCUCCCCUCACCAGAGCUAACUCCUCAACAACUGGACAUGUCUUCUUCAAAAUGGGCAUCAAAUCUGGGUCGUGUUUUUGGUGUGACAGUCGGCUGCCUCCUGGGGAUGUUGCCGCUCUACUUUCUCCCAAGACGAGAGAAAGAUGAAAAGGAUGGUGACAGCCAAGAAGCUCCAACAAAAACAGAAUAAGACCAGCUGUGGACAAAAUCAAUGGUCUCGGCUGACUGAAAUACUUAAACACAUUUUUUUAGGAAAAGCAGGUGUAGUAAGGGUCCAAACAAAAGAGUGCCAUGCACAGGUGGACUAUCGGCACCUGUAGGGACUCAACCAUAGGGUAGUUGCUAGUCUUAAUGUUAUUAAUGUUAAAUGGGGAUUUUGUAGGACAACAGAAAUAUAUUGAAAUGGAGAACUAUGUUACAGACUAGCCCAAAUGCUUUGGGAAUGCUGUGGAUCAGAUCUGCCUAAUGUAGCAGGACUUAGUGUUUUGUUGGGCAGCUAUCUUUACAAACACCUAAAUAUGUAAUUCGUAUGAAUUGUGUGUAAUUUCUAAUGUGUAAUAGUUUCUGUCAUAUUUAUUUAUUUUGCCUCUGUGUUGCCUUCUCUUCCUUGUCUUGACAUAUUGUAUAGUCAGCAUUUGGUUAACCUCUAUCCCUUUGGGAUUAACACACUGCUCUUCAGCAUGUAGAAUCAAUGUCAAUCUAGUACUUAAACUGGAAGAAAGAGGAUAGUUUGAACCUUUAGAAGCCAAUGAACUCUUAAUGUCAACCCCUAGAAAAGAUUAAGGAUGUCUACCACUGUGAAGAUCAAAACCACCCAGAUUUGUUGCCAAAUAUGAAGCCAGUGGGAUGACAUGGGAAACCAAUAGUAGGCUAGGGUUUGAGGUUUUAAAAAACUGUCCUUUGUGUCAUAAGAUGUGUAGCAGUUGUCUGUUGAAAAAGAGCUAGCAUUCAUUUUAUUUUACAUUUUGGAAAAGUAACAUUUUAUGCAGGGAAUUUUAGUGUAGUUCACUUUUGCUUAUUUGUUUUAAGUGGAAGUUAUUUUUAGUUAUGCAUGAUAAAAAUUUUGUAUUGAAGAUAAAUAGCAAGAGGAAAGUAGAGGUAGAUUUGGCUAAUUUUCAAGAAUAAUCUUGGAUAGUAAAUAAUUGGAUGAAGGGUUCUCAAAGUAAGGGUAGAUAUUUUCAGAAAAGAUACACAUAAAGCUGUUCUAAAAUGUCAUGAUUGUGAACUUUUGUAUAUACCCGGGUCACUGUACUUUGUAAUAUUACAUGAUAGAGAUCUAAAUAUUACAUGGUGUUAUAGAGAUAGAUGUAUGGUACAGUGUAGGAAAGUUAUUUUUGCUGGGAAAAGUGCAACUAAGUCUUUCACUCACCUCUCCCAUUAUUACAUUAAUAUAUUGUGCAAUAGUCAAUGAAGUGGGGAUUUUUCUAUUUUGUUUGCAGUAGAAAUGCCACUUGAGCCUGUCAAUGAAGGGGAACAAAGCAUCAGUACAAAUGUUUUCGCAGACAGAUUACAUCUGCUUGAUUUGACAUUUUGCCUGGUUUGCUUGAAGUGAGUCAGACAGUAAUAAUAUGUUUUGACUGUGCAGUUAACUCUAUAAACACAGCAGAUUAACCAGACAGGUCUACUCUACAAAGGAAAAUAUGUGAACAUCUGAAGUUACAAUCUGCACAACUGGCUCCACCCCCCACGCCCAAACAAAGAACAGUCCUGUUUUGUCAUCUGUCUUGUCUUCCCAGUUGCAUUCUUUUUAUGAAGCUUUGCAGUCAAAGACAGCCUCUGUCUGUGGUCCUUAAUCUAUUUUUGACUACUUUCCUUUGGUACUGUCCUUGGUGCUGAUUCUGUAUUCUAAUGGCUACCAGGGCUUGAUGGCUCACUAUACUAACCAGUCUGCUACUAGAUUUCAGUCACUGUAAUCCAUACUCUUCAUGCUGAUUGGUCACUACCAGGCUGUUUGAUGAACUUGAAAAGCAAAGGCCCUCUCUGAACGCAUUGACAGAGAAACCACUCAAAUGUAAUGACUUACUGGUUAGGAGCAGUUAGGUCUGUGUGUAGCUUGACCACAGGUUGGAUUUGUGUACUUGUUACUCAUUAGUGUGCAAUGCAAUAAGUGUAAAUAAAGGAUACAUUUGCUUG